CUUCCAUUUUAAUGUUCCCGACAAUCAAUAGGGUAUCAACUGUUACUUGUGCAAAACGGUCAUUUCUAUGAUCGAAAUUUUCACUGUAUUAUUUCCUCUGCAAUGAUGGGGAACUCUUUGUGGAUGAAAAUUGUUCCUUUGAUCUGUAUAUUUGUAUUGGGGAAUUCAUGCACAACUGGACACCAUAUAUGGGUGAAGUUUCGGAACAAGCAAUACAUGUACGUCGAAGAGCCAAUGACAUGGAUGGAUGCUCAGAGUUUAUGUUAUUCCAUUGGUGGAUUCCUAGCGACAGUUUCUAAUGAAAAAGAAAUGAGGUUCAUCAAGUCCAUGACAAGAGUUUCUUCUAACAACGUAUGGCUUGGUGCUACGGACAUGUUUACAGAAGGACGCUGGGUUUGGAUUGAGAAUUUAGAACCGAUGUCGUACAACAUCUGGUACCCUGGAGAACCAGGAGAAGGAAAGAGGGCAAAUUGUUUAGUCUGGUACCAUUACAAAGGAUUCUACUGGCACGAUACUGAAUGCUAUAGCAAACGCAUGUUCAUCUGUCAACGUUCUGUCAAAAGAAGAAAAAGCUGAAGGAUGAAUGCUGACUUAUGAGUUUCACCAAAAUAAAAUAUAUAAAAUAAUAAGAA